AUGAUUAUUGUAUCAGAAGACUACAAUGCAGAGUUUACAAUGCAACAAACUAUCGUGUAUACAUUAUCAGCUUGCUCUAGUCAAAAGAAUGAUUUUCGGAAGUUGUUUAAUCGUGUUAAUCAUUCUCUUACAUCUGUGUGCGAGGAAUUCAAGUUGUACGACGGAUAUACUGUUCAUCCUUCAGUUGAAGAAGAACAAUUCCCUUUAGCAUUUAGUUUAGCUGUACACAUAAACAUCAAACAGGUGUCUCGAUUACUCCGAUUGAUACACAGACAACACAAUCUCUACUGCAUUCACGUUGACUCUAAGUCGCCACAAUCAUUCUAUAAUGAAGUGUCGGCACUAGCCAAUUGUUUCGGUUCAAAUGUAAUGGUAGUGAAUCGAUCGGAAAGUAUUGAUGUUCAAUGGGGUCAUUACUCCAUCCUCGAAGUGUUUCUUCUCUGUGCUGACAAAUUGAUGAAGAAGACUGAAUACAAGUGGAAAUACAUUUUGAAUGUGAGUGGACAGGAAUUGCCAUUGAGAACCAAUUGGGAGCUGGUAGCAGCAUUGAAGGCAAUCAAUGGAUCAAACGUUGUUGAAUGUCUAGGUCCACGGUAUAAUCCAUCUCGAUGGCCUGCAAAAAAGCUAUCCUUCCCCGUAAGUUAUCAGUAA